CACUUCUUGCAGAAAAAGGCCAGAUCCAAGUACUCAGCAACACGCAGACUUCUGCUGAAGAGCAAACUGCUGAAAAAGGCAGAAAGCUUGCUUGUGAAAGAAAAAGAGCAGAAAGAAGUGGAGAGAGAAAACACCCUGAGGGAGAGAGCGCCGCCCCUCAAUCUCUCAGGCCUGUCGGUCCAAGAACUGCAGGAGCUUUGUAGAGAUUUGCACCACAAGAUUGACAUUGUGGAUGAAGCGCGGUAUGACCUCAAUAUAAAAGUCACCAGAAAUGAUGCAGAGAUUCUCUCAUUAACCCAGAAGAUCUAUGAACUGAAAGGAAAAAUGAAGCGGCCAAACUUGAGAAGGGUGAAGAAGUCAGCAGAUGCCAUGCUGGGAGCACUCUCAGACACCAGAGUCAUGAAAGCUGACUUCAAAGCCAACCUCAAAACAGUUAAAAAGGAAGAAGAAAAGAAGGAAGAGGUCACAGACUGGAGGAAAAACGUGGAGGCGAUGUCAGGCAUGGAGGGCAGGAAGAAGCUUUUCGAUGCCGGACAGUAGAGGUUGCAAAUGAUAAAGGGGCAUUGGGAUACAAAGCUCAUGUUGUUUGUUUGAAUUUUAAUCACCCUCAACAUUUUAUGGUAAAUUAUUCAUUUAUUCUGUCAACCAGCUAUGCCUUCCAUGCAACAUUAAAGGAAUAGUUCAGCCAAAAUAUUUUGAAAACUUACUCACCCUCAGGCCAUCCUUGUAGUUUGUUUCUUCACUAGAACAGAUUUGGAGAAAUGUAGCAUUCCAUCACUUGCUCACCAAUGGAUCCUCUGCGGUGAAUGGGUGCCGUCAGAAUGAGAGUCCAAACAGCUGAUAAAAGCAUCACAAUAAUCCACAAGUAAUUCACACCACUCCAGUUCAAAAGUUAACAGCCUAAAUUGUUUUAACUUUAAACCAUCACUUAUGGCCAAAAUAUGAGUGCAUAUAAUCCACAAUAAUGCUUCCUCCAGUGAAAAAUCCAACUUCUGUUCUCCUCUCAAGAUUCAAAAUCUACCAACAUUUUUGUUUAGAACUGAUUUGGACUGGCUGCGCUUGUAAACAGUGCUUGAUCUGUGCAUAUUUCUCUCUUGAUUCAGGUGAGAUUACUUUUUCAUUGGAGAAAACAAUAUUAUGGAUAGAGGACUCAUAUUUUAGCCGGAAGCAACAGUUUGAAGAUGAAAAUCUUAAUUCUUACAAAUGCACAGUUUUUACUUCACAAGCUGUUAAAUAAUGAACUGGAAUGGUGUGAAUUACUUGUGGAUUACUGUGAUGUUUUUAUCAGCUGUUUGGACUCUCAUUCUGACGGCACCCAUUCACUGCAGAGGAUCCAUUGGUGAGCAACUGAUGGAAUGCUACAUUUCUCCAAAUCUGUUCUGAUGAAGAAAUAAACUCAUCUACAUCUUGGAUAGCCUGAGGGCAUUUUUAGCAACUUUUUAAAUUUUUGGGUGAACUAUUUCUAUAAACAGCGAUUUGCCGUUUAACAAUUUUAAUUGUUUUGAAAAGAAGUCUCUUAUGCUCACUAGCUGCAUUUAUUUGAUCAAAAAUACAGUAAAAACAGAUAUAUUGUGAAACAUUACAAUUUAAAAUAACGGUUUUCUAUUUGAAUAUUAAAUGAUAAAGGGGCAUCUUGAUACAAAUCUCAUGUUGUUUAUUUGAAUUUGAAUCACCUUGAACAUUAUUUUAUGGUAAAUUAUUCAUUUAUUUUGUCAGCCAGCUGUGGCUUGCACGCGAUAUUAAAUUGUGAUUUGCUGCGAUUAAAAUGUGCGAGUGCCGUGCUGUCCGUAGAGAGGGAUUAGAUAAUAGAACAACCUCAUAUUCACAUCAUAUCAUAUCAACUGUGUAAAUAUUUGCUUCGUAUUCAGUGUUGAUUGAAACCAAUAAAGCUACUGUUUACCCUCG